CGCUUCCGGGUUUUGCGUGCAUCUUUGCCCCUCACUAAGAUGGCUGUGUCUCGCGGAGCCUCGUGCUGGUUCGCUCGAUUUCUCGCUCGCGCUCUAGUUGUGCGUUAGAAUCACCUUCUUUUUUCUUUUUUAAAUACACUAACGCGCCGCAAACAGAUUCACACCCCCGAGUUUAGCCGUCACCGUAUUUUUUCGCGUGUUCUCCGUCGCGAAAACUUUCGCCCCCUGUCCUUGUUUUUUUCCGCUCAAGUUGAAACGGAGUCGCGGUGGAUUUACCGGAUACCGGUCCGGACGGAGGACAAAACCGGGGGAGGGGGGCGGGAUGAACUCGGACGACGGGUACGGUGUGUUAAAUGUAGUUAUAUUCAAUGACUACGCUGGGUUUAAUCGAGAGUGAGUCGCCUUGCUGAGAGGAAAAAGGUGCUGUAGAAAGAGUGGGGAGGCGAGAGAGGGGGGAUAUCAUGGCCGCUCAGGUCGCCAGCGUCGCCUCUCUCAACGCAAGCCCGCCGUCCGAACUCAAAAAGCCGGAUCGGGACUCGCAGGGGGAGUCUGCACCGGGGGAGAAGCAGCUGCAUCAGCAUGAGAACAAGGAAGCGGGGCCCGACGGCGGCUCUCCCGGCCGAAAGGAACUGCAGGACGGCGGCGACGCUGCCGGGGGAGGAGGGGAUCCUGACAUGAAGAACGGCAACGGGAAUUUGCCCAGGGUAAAUAAUAAUAGCAGUAAUCAGAACGAUUCCGGCGGGCCCGAAGGAAAUAACCAUCCCGGUGUGGGACACCACCACACGGGCCCCUUCCCACCACCUCCUUACGGGUACAACCAGCACUACAGCCGGGCCCUUAUUCAUCAACAUGGCGGACAACAAAGCCCUGGCAUGGCAGCUGCGCCGGGGCCGGGCAUGAUGGACCCUUACCCCGCCAAUUCCCACGAACAUGGUUACCCCAACCACUAUAACAACUACAGCCCCUUCCAGAACAGGACUUCAUAUCAGGGUCAGGGCUACGGAGCCAUGAGUUCCUCGCGGAACAACCAGCCCCCAGCGGCUGGGGGGCAGCCAGGCAAGCAGCAGCCAGCAGCGACGGGAGGAGGGCUGGCUGCUGCCUCGUACAACAACCAGAGGUAUAACAUGGGAAGCCAGCAACCCACGUCGACGCCGACUUUAAACCAGCUGCUCACGUCCCCCAGCCUGGCCAGGAGCUACCCCAACUACCCGCAAGGAGACUAUAACAACCAGGAAGGGGGCACGAAGGCGGCGGGGGAGAUGGCGAGUGCCUACGGUGGGGUCCAUCCGGCUUGGCAACAUAGGGCCCACCACCCGCCUCCCAUGAGCCCGGGGAAUACCGCACAGGCCCCCAGCAGGAACCAGCCUGCAAGCCCCAUGGACCAGGUAGGGAAGAUGCGUGGCCAACCAUACGGAGGAGCCGCCCCUUAUUCCCAGCAGCCGCAACAACAGCAACAACAGCAGCAGCAGCAGCAGCAAGGACCUUCCCCUGGGCCCGGGCCCCAGCAAACGGGCUCCUAUCCGGGGCAGGGCUACGGAUCUCCGGGCCCCCAAAGAUACCCGAUAGGGAUGCAAGGUCGAACGCCGGGCACAAUGGGUGGCAUGCAGUAUGGACAGCAGAUGUCAGCCUAUGGGCAACAGGGACCGCCGGGAGGCUACGGGCAGCAGGGUCAGGGCUACUACGGUCAACACGGCGGACCUCCUCACCCGAGCCAGCAACAGACCCCUUACGGAGGCCAACCCCAAAGCGGUUCCGGAGCUCCCUUCCCCCAGCAGGGGCACCCUUCACAACCGCCUGGCCCGCACGGGCAAUCCGGGCCCCCUUACUCCCAAUCCCAAGGUCCCCACGGUCCUCCGGCCGUACAACCGCCCUACGGAUCCCCCCAGCAACAGCCAAGCCAACAGCAGCAGCAAGCUCCCGGUCCUCAGACUCCGCAAGGCUCCCAAGGCCAGACUGGCUACCCUCAAGCCUCUGCACCAGGCCAGCCCACACCGCAGCAAACCCCGCCGCAGCAGCAACAAGGCGCGGCGCCGCCGCCGCAGCAGCAGCAGCAACAACAACCAGGAAGUCAACCUCCUCAAUCCCAACAACCUCCAAGUCACGGCCAGCAGAGUCAGGCAUCGCCGUACUCUCAGACACCGCCCCUGCCGCAGCAGCAGCAGUCGCCGUAUCAGAGGUUCCCACCGCCUCCCCAGGAACUGUCCCAAGAUUCCUUCAGCUCCCAGUCCAGUGCGCCUCCUUCCAACCAGCCCAUGCCUUCCAACAAGAGCAGUCAAGAAGACAGCAUGCAAGGACGGCCGUCGAGUUUGCCGGAUCUGUCAGGCUCCAUCGACGACCUUCCCACCGGCACGGAGGGUGCCCUGAGCCCAGGCGUCAGCACCUCGGGGGUGUCCAGCAGCCAGGGGGAGCAGAGCAACCCCGCCCAGUCCCCUUUCUCGCCGCACACAUCGCCCCACCUGCCAGGCAUCCGCGGGCCCUCGCCGUCGCCCGUGGGCUCCCCUGCCAGCGUCACGCCCUCUCGCACCGGCCCGCUGUCCCCCGCCGCUGUGCCAGGUAAUCAGAUGCCUCCCCGGCCGCCCAGCGUCCAGUCAGACAGCAUCAUGCACUCUUCCAUGAACCAGUCGGCCAUGGGCCAAGACAGAGUGUACAUGCGUAACCCACAGAUGCCCCCUUACGGGUCCCCGGGACAACCUGGCUCUGCCUUAUCUCCACGCCAGUCUUCGGGGGGUCAGAUGCAUAGCGGAAUGGGACCUUACCCCCAAAACAACUCCAUGGGAAAUUAUGGCCCUCAGGGGGGCCAGUACGGCCCUCAAGGUUAUCCUCGCCCGCCCGGCUACUCAGGGAUGCCCAAUUCUACCUACCCGAGCGGCCCCGGCAUGGGGGGCACCAUGAGCCCCAUGCCCGGCCAGGGCAGCGGGGCGCCCUAUGUAAACAUGGCUCCCGGCGGCAGGGUCGGCUCCGGCCAGAUGGGCGCCAGGCCCUACGGUCCGGGCAUGGGCUCCAACAUGGCCAACAUGCCUCCUCAGGUGGUAUCGGGGAUGUGCCCGCCUCCGGGGAUGAACAGGAAAGAGGGCGGGCCCUCCAUGCACCACGGCCCGACCAAUUCCAUACACAACAGGCCACCGGGCUACGUCAUGAGCCAAGGCAUGAUGGGCUCCGCUUCUCCAUAUGGCCCGGCCAUGAACAGCAUGCACGGGAUGAUGAACCAGGGAGGUCCGGGUCCUUAUCCGAUGGGUACAAACAUGGGCAACAACACCCCUGGAAUGGCUCCCGGUUCAGAGUUUGGCAUGGACAAAAUCAACCAAGCCCAGAAGAUGAACAACAAAGUGGACGGGACUCCCAAGACUGAAUCCAAAAAGAAGUCCAGCUCCUCAACCAUCACCAACGAGAAGAUCACUCGCCUGUACGAGUUGGGUCCGGAGCCCGAGAGGAAGAUGUGGGUCGAUCGCUACCUGGCCUUUGCCGAGGAGAAGGCCAUGGGCAUGAACAACCUCCCCGCCGUGGGGCGCAAGCCUCUCGAUUUGUUCCGACUCUAUGUCUCCGUCAAGGAGAUCGGAGGCCUCACCCAGGUGAACAAGAACAAGAAAUGGCGGGAGCUCGCCACCAACCUCAACGUGGGCACGUCGAGCAGCGCGGCCAGUUCCCUCAAGAAGCAGUACAUCCAGUGUUUGUACGCCUUCGAGUGCAAGAUCGAGCGCGGCGAGGAGCCGCCCGCGGACUUUUUCAAUACGGACACCAAAAAGAACCAGCCUAAGAUCCAGCCACCCAGCCCUGCUGGUUCUGGAUCGCUCCAAGGCCCCCAGACUCCUCAGUCCACCAGUAGCUCCAUGGCGGAGGGGGGAGAACUGAAGCCUCCCACCCCGGCCUCCACCCCCCACACACAAAUGCCUCCCAUGCCCGGCGCCAGGAGUAGCGUCAAUUUGCAGGACCCCUUUGCCGACGGCAGCGACCCGGCAUUUUCCCGAAGGAACGCCAUGACCCCCAAUUCUCAGAAUUACCAACCCGGAAUGGGCGGCCCCGAAAUGAUUGGUCGGAUGGGUCCCUAUGAGUCCAACAAGGACCCCUUUGGUGGUAUGAGGAAAGCUGGGGAACAAUUCUUGCCACCCGGUCCUAACAGUGGGAUGGGGGAACCGUACAGCAGAGGCCCGCCGGGACCCAUGGGAAAUCUGCCAAUGGGCCAGAGGCAGCAAUAUCCUUACGGAUAUGACCGCAGGCAAGAGUCAGGCAUGGGUCCCGACGGCGGCAUGGGGCCCGGGGCCGCUCAGCCCAACAUGAUGCCUUCCGGAGCCGAGGCGGGGAUGUACUCGCCGAGCCGACCGCCACCCCAGCAACGACACGACUCGUAUGCCAAUCAGUACCCUGGCCAAGGCGCGCCCCCUGGUGGCCCGUACCCAAACCAACAACCGGGAAUGUAUGCACAGCAGCAACCGAACUACAAGCGUCCCGUCGACGGUAGCUACGGCCCCCCCGCCAAGCGCCACGAGGGAGAAAUGUACAACGUCCCUUACGGUGGUCAACAGCCCGCAGGACCUCAAUCAUCAGGGCCCCAGGGCCAGCAGGACAUGUACAAUCAGUACAACGCCUACCCUGGAGGGGAGCGGAGACCCCCGGGCCCGCAGAACCAGUUCCCCUUUCCCUUCGGCCGGGACCGCGGCUCGUCAUCCGGGGGCCCCAAUUCCCAAUCGCCCAUGCCUCCCCAGAUGAUGGCGAGCCCCAUGCCCUCGGGUCCCGACGGGCCCCAGGCCCCCAUGUGGCAGGGCCGCAACGAAAUGGGCUACCCCAACUAUCACAACCGCCAGGGCCCGCCCGUGCCCAGCCAGGCGCCGGGAUACCACGGCAUGAACCGCUCCGAGGAGAUGAUGUCAUCGGAUCAGCGCAUGAACCACGAGGGCCCGUGGCCCGGCCACGUCAACCAGCGGCAACCGCCCUUCGGACCCGGCGGGUCCGGCCCGCCCAUGACGAGACCCCUCCCGUCGACUUAUCAGACAUCGCAGAACCAUAUUCCUCAGGUGUCCAGUCCGGCACCCAUGCCGCGGCCGAUGGAGAGCAGGACGUCACCCAGCAAGUCCCCGUACAUGCAUCCGGGCAUCAAAGUGCAGAAAGCCGGACCCCCGGUCCCCGCCUCCCACAUCGGACAGGCGCCCGUGCAGCAGCCGAUGAUGCGGCGAGACGUGGGCUUUCCUCCCGGCUCCGUGGAAUGCUCCCAACCGCACCUCAAGCCGCGAAGACGGCUAACCAUGAAGGACAUCGGCACACCUGAAGCGUGGCGUGUGAUGAUGUCACUUAAGUCAGGGUUGCUAGCGGAGAGCACCUGGGCCUUGGACACCAUCAACAUCCUACUCUAUGAUGACAGCAGCAUCACCACGUUUAACUUAUGCCAGCUGCCCGGAUUCCUGGAGCUGCUGGUGGAAUACUUCAGAAGGUGCCUGAUCGAGAUCUUCGGCAUCCUGAAGGAGUACGAAGUGGGCGACCCCGGGCAGCGAACACUCCUCGACCCCGAUGCCGCCGAAGACUCCGACGAUGACGCGCAGAUGGCGGAAGGAGAAGGCAUCGACACGGACGAGGAGGAGGACGAAGACGAUGCGCCGGACGACAGCAGGGUGCAGGUGCGGGUGAAGGAGGAGGAGGAAGAGGUGACGGAGGAGCGGUCCCAGAAAGACGAGGACGAAAACAAGGAGAAGUCGAGGGUCAAGGAAGCCGCUACCUCAGGGUCUUCCCAGGACCCCAAUGCGGAGAAGCCCAGGCAGGCCAGCAAGUUCGACAGACUCCCCAUCAAGGUGGUGCGCAAGAAGAACCCCUUCCGGGGCAGCCGGCCCUCCGAGCUGGGCCAGCGCCAGAGCUUCGAUAGCGGCCUGCUCCACUGGAGCGUCGGCGGCGGCGACAUCACCGAGCACAUCCAGACGCACUUCGAGAGCCGCGUGGGGCGCCUCAAGGCCCGCAAGCGCUUGCCCAAGGAGACCAGAGCGGGACGGGAGGUCCCGGAGCCGCCGCCGCCGCCGCCGCCUCCGGCCGCCGGCGCGCCGGUGACCGCCACCAUCGACGACGUCCUGUCGGCGCGGCCGGGCUCGGUCACGGAGGAGGCGGUGCGCGGCGGCGCCGAGGAGCAGAAGGAGAACGGCAAGUACCUGUUCAGCAUCAACCCCGAGCUCCAGAGCCGGCGCAACGUGAAGAUCCUGGAGGACGAGCCGCACAGCAAAGACGAGACUCCGCUGGGCACGCUGGCCGACUGGCAGGACUCGCUGGCGCGGCGCUGCGUCUGCGUGUCCAACAUCGUGCGCAGCCUCUCCUUCGUGCCGGGCAACGACCAAGAGAUGUCCAAGCACCCCGGUCUUCUUUUGCUGCUGGGGCGCCUGGUUCUGCUGCACCACCGGCACCCCGAGCGCAAGCAGGCGCCCGUCACCUACGAGAAGGAGGACGAGGAGGACGAGGGCGUGAGCUGCGAGCGCGACGAGUGGUGGUGGGACUGCCUGGAGGUCCUGCGGGAGAACUGCCUGGUGACUUUGGCCAACAUCUCGGGCCAGCUGGACCUCUCGGUGUACUCGGAGAGCAUUUGCCUGCCCCUCCUGGACGGCCUGCUCCACUGGGCCGUGUGCCCCUCGGCCGAGGCCCUGGACCCCUUCCCCACGCUGGGCCCGCACGGCUCGCUGUCGCCGCAGAGACUGGUCCUGGAGACCCUGAGCAAGCUGAGCAUCCAGGACAACAACGUGGACCUGAUCCUGGCCACGCCGCCCUUCAGCCGCCUGGAGAAGCUCUACGGCGCCCUGGUGCGGCUGGUGGGCGAGCGCAAGGUGGCGGUGUGCCGCGAGAUGGCCGUGGUGCUGCUGGCCAACCUGGCGCACGGCGACGGCCUGGCGGCGCGCGCCAUCGCCGUGCAGAAAGGCAGCGUGGGCAACCUGCUGGGCUUCCUGGAGGACAGCCUGGCCGCCACGCAGUACCAGCAGAGUCAGAGCACGCUGCUGCAGAUGCAGGCGCACUUUGAGCCCACCAGCGUGGACAUGAUGCGCAGGGCGGCGCGCGCCCUCCACGCCCUGGCCCGGCUGGAGGAGAACCACUCGGAGUUCACGCUGUACGAAUCGCGGCUGCUGGACGUGUCCGUAUCGCCGCUCAUGAACUCGGCCGUCUCGCAGGUCAUCUGCGACGUACUCUUCCUGGUGGGCCAGUCAUGACGGCCGUGGAGGUCCUCCUUCUCCUCUCCCCGACUUUUUUGUGAGCAGAACUUCUGACUGUCCUUUUUUUUUUUUUUUUUAAUUUAUGCAAAAUCACCUCGGAUUCCACUGUUUUUUCCUCCCCCCCCCACCGCGAAAAGGAAGGAAUACCAUGAAGUAGACGGAUAACCGCAGGAGACGAAUGGGAUGCUCUUAGCCCUGAAAGGACGUGUUUUUUAAUGAAAAAAGAAAAAGUCCGGAAAAAAAAAAAUAACUGUAACCAAAGUUGCUGUCUCGUUUACAGUCAGUUUUGGGGAUGCUUGCUUUCUCCCCCCGAGGACUCGGGAUUGCUGUAAAGCUCUGCCCCCCUACCCCCGCCCUGCAUACACACACACACACACACACAGGAACCACAUCCCGGUGCGGACAUGUGCGCUCUCCUGUGCAGUAGGUUCUAGGACUGUUUUUUUUUCUUCUUUGUUUUGUUUUUUCCUCCCUGUACUGUACACCUUCAAAGAAAGUGUCGACAUACUGUAAUAAUACUGUUUCACACUGAGAUACGCCGACUUGGCAGCAAACUGUAGUUUUUAUGUGGAAGGUGACGAUGGCUAACAACUCCCUCCUCAAAGUACGGUCAACCUACAGCACCCCGACCUCUUCUCUUUUGUCCUUUGAUUGUAUGAAUUGUAUUAGGACUGGUCCUCGGCACUAGAUCCAAGCAGACCCGCCAGGCUGCGCUGGGUGUGGUGUGUGUGUGUGUGUGUGUGUGUUUGUGUACAUGCGUGCGCGCAUGCACACACACACAUCAUGUUGUACAUGAAUUUUACCCCCUUUCCAUCUCUCUCCCUGUCCCUUCACCGUUUUUAAAAAUGACCACUUAACACACAAGACACACGAGACUGUCUGGUGCGGCUGUAGAGAAUAUAACGACAAAAAAAAAAUUGUCUGAGUAACAACUAGACCUUGAUGAAGAAAAACUCCCCCCCCCCCCCCCCCCCCAGUGAUGCAGAUUCUGCAUAUUUGUAUUUCAGAUGAUGUAGCUAAGAAACUUGAUGUAAACCCCCACCCCCUAUUUUUUCACUCCCCCCAACCCUCCUGCUUUUUUUUUUUUUUUUGCUCAAUGAAUAUCAUUUAUUCAGUAUCAAAUCUUUAUACUAUAUGUUCCACGUGUUAAAAAUAAAUGUACAUUAAAUCUUG